UCGCGCCGGGGCCGCGCUCCGCCCCCGGGGAGGAGCGGCGCGAUGGCGGCGGCGGGGCGGCGGCGCUGAGGAUGAUAUCGCGAUACGCGCGGAAACCGGUGCAGGCACAAGGACUCCCAAAACAUGCCCUGAGGCAUCACCCACCGCCAGAGCCAGGGGCUCAGGUGUGCUCAGCCACACCCACGGCUGAACACCUCGCCCAGACCUCCAGGGAGUCGGGAAUCCAUAAGGGAUCGGAUGAUCAUGGGGAUCCACGGACUGCUAGUCAGGGCUGGGCUGACACCUCCACAGAAGACAGCUCAGUCUUCUCCUGGGGCUAUGACGAAUUUGACAAAGCUGCCACACAACAAAUUCAGCAGAUGUUCAGACAAAUUGAUGAGCUUCUAUAUGAGCAGAAAGAGAAUGUUCAUGUUGAGGGACUGCGGGAAGAAUGCCACCAGUGGUCCUCCAGCUUUCCUCAUCUCAGGGUGGUGGGGAAGCAGGUGGUGGCCCCCACAGAUGAAGGGUAUGGAUGGUACUCGAGUUCCCCCUCGGGCAGUUUGACUCCCUCCGAUGUAAGUUCACCACAGGAAAAGGAUUCUGAUGAAUUUAGUGUUUUUGGCAAGAAGGUGCCUCUUUUUGUUGCUCCUACUCACAAAAAGUCUGACCCUUCCAAGCCUCCGACCUCGUGUUCCUCAGAGAGCGAUGAAGGGGAAGAGGAAGUAAUUCUCUCUGAAGGCAUAGUGGAGGAAUUCUUGGCUUUUGACCACAGAGAUGUGGAGGAGGAGUUGCAUGGGAGGAAAAUGGCACUAUCCUCUGGCAGACAGAAACUGGGGUUUCCUCCUGUCUCUCCCUAUUCCUGCAUGAAGGAUGCCGUGCUCACGUUUGUGUUUGAUGAUGUCUGGAGUGAAGUCCUGGUCUGCAUGGAAGAAUUGAUCUGCAGACACUGGGAAGGGUCAGCCUCUGAUGAUGAGAAAAGUAUCAUAACAGUGGAAACGCUGCAAGCAGAUGCCAGAAGCCCUUUGCAGCUGGAUCCUCUGCCAGCACUGUUACCUCGGGUGCCACACACUAAGAUGCCCUCGGUGACACCAAAUCUGUGCCCAAAACCCAGAGGUGGCCGCAAAAGCAAAAAGAGGAGAAAAACACCUCAAGUAAGUGUCUCUCAAGGAUCAAGUAGUAGUUCUCAGCGUAACCUGAAUGGCUUGAUGGUGAUCCAUGGGAUCCAGUUACAUCAAAGGAACCUGCCUGUAGUGGAGAAAACACUGGACUUGGACGACAACCGGCCCGGUUCGAGUUCCCUCCUCUCUACCCGGACGUGGCCAAGUCGUCCCCUGGAGCUCAGCACCUCGUCCCUGUCCCGCUGCACCAGGAGGAAGAACCCCCCACCACGGACCCUGCAGCCCAUCGGGACCCCACGCUCCGGAGACGACAUCUGCAGGCGCCUCCUGACUGCACAGGAGCAGGUGAUGUCACCCUCCCCACUGCUGCUGAACAGAAAUCACCCCCUGCCACCCAUUGCCACCACCACUGUGGCAGAGCGUGGGAGCACCACAGGACCCCACAGGCAAACGAAACCUCGAGGGAACUCGAGCCGUGCUCACAGUGUCACAACACAAGAAGACACUCACCAGCAGCUCCAGGAGCAGCUGUUCUUACCUGAUCCCUUCUCCAGGCCUAACACAACCAGCACAUCCUUGCCCCAUUCCCAGCGCCGCCGUUCUUGCACUGUUACUGAUUAUGGUAAUCAAUCCUGGACAAGGAGAGGAUCCACAAGUUCAGGUAUUCCAUCACACGGUUCUGUGAAAGUCCACGGCCGAAGUGGAUCAGGCACAAAGAGCAAACAGAGGCACUGAUGUGCCAUGGAGAAGCAUCCACCUAUCCAUCCCUCUCCAGAGAGUCAUGAACCACCUCUUUCCCAGCAAGGUCAACGUUGUUUACACAGAAUUUUCCAACACCCUUCCUUACAGAUAGUUAUUUUUAUAUAAAUCUAAGCAGCAGCUGCCAAAGAUUAGAAGGGGUGCACUUAAACAUUCCAUUUCCUACCAGUAGAGAAAGUGAUGCUCCAGUGGAAGGGUGAAUACAUUCCAGUGAAGCUCAACUCCUAAGAAACCCAGCAAGCACUCUCAGUCUGUGCUUGUGCUGUUUUCCAUGAGGCUGGUGACAGGUUCAUGUCCUUACAGGCAGGUACUGCAGGACCUGCUCAUUUUUCCCUUAGGAAGGGUAACCCAGCCUUCCACAGAUGCAGUGAUUUACAUAUUUUUAAAAGUGUAUUUAUGUUUAAAGCAAUAUUGUGCUAGCAUAAGGAAGCACUUAGGCAAGUGAUGAAUGCUGUGCUAGCUGCAGCAGGUAUGAACACAGGUGUGUAGAAUCAAGGCAGCAGAGCAGGUGACCUGGCAGCUCCAAGGGCAGCACAACACUGCCUCUUCCUGAGUUAUAAAACCUUUUACCUCUUCCUUAGUGACUGAAGAAGGCUGAGCAGACAAAAAGAAACUUCUUACUGCAAGUAGUUUCAGACAGUACUCAAAAUCCUCCUGGUGAGACAUUUUAUGGUAACUUCACAGAACAGCUCAGUGUCCCUUUGUAAAAAUACCUAUAAUUACACAAGAUUUCUUCACUCCAAGGUAGAGUUCCAGAAGCCACUGGAGCAUUGGAGCUUUAAGAGCUGUGUCUGCCAUGUGUGACAGACCUGACAGAGGCAUUUGCUGGAGUUGGCCUUGUGGCUCCAGAUAAGACAAAUGAAAGCAUGAAGUACAGGCUUGUCAAAAUAAGUGAUUAGUUGAAGGUGUUAUUCCCAAACAGUAACUGCCAGACUGAAAUGUAAAAACAAGCUUAGGUAAGCACUGGCUGUAUUUAAACAAAGUUAGGACACUCUACAAAAACAGUUGUUCCUUUCUAGUCCAAUUAAAGAGCACUGUUUUCCUGUAUUUUCUUAUUCCUCAAAUUACUGUUCACAAUAGGAAAAAACCUUGUUAAUAUUUUUUAUGAAGUGGCUCCCCUAUUUCCCCACUCCAGACCAGCUAAUAAUUUUUCAUCCAUACUGAAGCUCACAAGUCCAGUUGAUCCAAACAUGCUUUAAUCAAAAACAAGGUAAUGUGCAAACAUAACUGGGUUAACCUGCCUUUGCAUUUCCAGAAGUUAAAAAAAAAAGAAAAAAAAGCAGCUGUGAGCUCAAUCUUAAGUUUUCAGAGAGGGAAGCUGAGGCUCACUAGAGGCUUCUAUUCACUAAACCAUUUCAAACUACAGUUUCUCUUCUGGAACACUGUGCAGUGUGUCAGUUAUGUCAGGCAAAGUGCAGAUCAGCAUCCCAUUUGUAUCCGUGCCAUUCCUCAGGGACCAAGUGAGUUUUCUGUAGCACAAGAGUUACAAAAGCAGACAAAUAAACUUGAAUAGACUUCUGUUAACAUGAUGUAGUGUUUUACAGCCUAGAGGAGUCAGUGGGUUUAAAAAAUGCAGUUGCCUCCUAAGGCCAUGUCUGUUAUUUUGUACAGAUGGCUGACACCAGGGACUGCUCCUGGACUGUUAUUUAUUUUGUGUAAUAAAAGUAACCUUCAAGCCAUGUGUUAUAAACCACGAUUACAGGCUCUGCUUUCUCAGAAUCAGGGUUAUUUUUGAGAGCAGACAAGUAAAAGGGAACAGAGAGACCAUCUACCUCUGCCUUCCCUCUAGGAGCUGUUGCUGAAGCUGUGAGGGCCUUCAACUCCCAAAGUGUUCACCUUGAGAUUCCUACGCCUUUGAAACAUGAUCCUCCCUGAAGUGUGCAGGAUUUAUUUGACUGAAAUCAGAAGAAUCAACACAAUUGGCUUGUUUUAAAUAGCUUAUUUAGAAAACAUACAGAGAACUGAGGAAGCAAAACUGAAAAUAAUCCCACCUUCUUGUUUAUUAAAUCAGCAAUUUUCCAAACUAUCUUUAUAAAAACUACAGGAGUAUCUGAAAAAGACCUGUUGAGCUGAUGUGCAAAGACCUUUAAAAAUAGCAGGAGGUUUGUUACAGAAGAAAUGUGUGAAUAGCACACAUGGAUCUCAACUGUAGGGCACCCAAAGGGUUGGAGACAGUAGCACAGGAAUGCCUUGUCUUCCCUGUUCAGCAAGCAUGCUAUGUCAUUCCUCCCACUUAGAGCCAGUCAAUGCACACAGUCUGAAACAGGAGCCCGGAAAACACCCGAAAUUCUUCCAAAGCCACAUUUCCAUACAAAGUGAAACCUGGUAUUUCAGUCUAUGUUGUUCCUUCUGUCUUUCUUUUCUUGGCUGAGGCCUUCUUUCCUCCUUUCUUAGUACUGUUCCCAUACUUUGAUUCCAGAUGGGCGAAGAAGUUAUCCAUUUCCUUUUCUCGCUCUCUGCUUCGGUUCUGGGGAGGGGGGAAAAGAACACCAACCAAGCUCAAACCUUUUGUAACUUCCCAAUACAGCUUACCCUAUUGAAGUCUGAUAGCUACACAAAAUCUUGGACUACAUCAAACAUGUUAAAUACAAGCUACAGAAAGUUUAGCAUCAUCAUUAAAACUCCCUGUGAAACUGCCUAAAACUAGAAGUUAUUGCAUAAGUACUCCAAAUAUUUAACUCUUGUAAAGUUUUAAAUAGACACAGGUAAUAAAAUCCAUACUGUACUAUGAUUCUAAUUAAAUUAAAGCACAUAGUUAACAUUAAGGCCAGGUUUUAACCUCAGGAAUUCAGAAGAUAUGCAAGGAUCCAAAAUCAAAGACCCUCAGGGAAAACACAAUUAUAAGCCAGUAACAAAAUUAUCUGCAACAAACAGAAGAAGCCUUACUUUAAUCAGCGCUUGCAAGUCAUUUUCUCCACUAAGGCCCAGUUCAUCUUUAGUCUUUUUUGCCUCUUUAGCUUCUUUUUCUGCCUAAAAGAGUAAACAAUUUUUUUUUUUUUAUAAGAAGUAUUUUGCAUGUUAUCUGACCAAGUCUUACAGGACUUUAAAAAUGGGUUUUUUGGCAUCUGUAUACAAAUAGCUGCAGGGAAGUGCAAAGGGUUUCCAAGUUUGGCCACAGAUAAGGAAUCAGGCAAGGAAAGCCCAUUCUGGUUCCCCCAUUUAGCAGAGCAGGAAGUUUUUCUGCUCUUUCACAGUGUUGAAUGUGAUGCUUGUCCCCAUCCCUGUUCCCACACCCGUUUAUUUUUUGUUUUGGUAGAUACUACAAUAACUUAAAGAUUACUGUGAUGUGCAUAUAACAUUCUAUAAAGUGUACAAAAGCAUACAAGAGUCCAUUUAGGCUAGAGCAGUUUCACACCUGCCAGAAGCCAACCAAAAUGUAUUUUCACCACUUGUUUGUUUUUGUUAACUCCAGCAACUCACAGCUUUGUAGAUAAAUGUAGGGGCAUGCUAAACUGUAAUGUAACUGUGUAUAAUAAGGAAAUAAAGAAGUAGAAAAA